AUGGAUGAUAUAACAUUAAUGAACUUUGAAAUCAGUUCAGAUUUAAUUAAACCAACGGAUUCACUUGAUAACUAUGGAAGUGAAUGUCGUGUUAAAAAAAGGAUGUUCUUUAACUCACCUGUGGCUGAGAAGGAAAUUGGAAAAUUCAAAAAAAAUGAUCCAAGACUUCAUGAAUUGGAAAAAGAAGCCAAAUACAUUCAUAAAAUUUGUAAUUGUGGAUUUGUUCUAACUUUUUAUGGGUUCAUUCGUCGAAAUACAAGUUAUAGUGUUAUUUCUAAAUGGGGUGAUUAUAACCUACAAACAUAUCUUGCGGAGAAUCCGAAUCUGGAAUGGACAACAAGACUAUCGAUCGCACGUGGGAUUGCUGACGCUUUGAAUUUUAUUCAUAAAGAAGAAAUUUUACACUAUGACAUUAGAAGCGAUAAUAUCUACCUGAACGCUUGCUUGCAAGUUAAGCUUCAUGGAUUUCGCUUAGCGGAAGGUUCAUCUAUUUCACCGGUUAUGUUAACUUCAGCUAUUGAAAGUACAGAUCCUAGAUGGACCCCUCCCGAAAAAAUUAGAGAUAAAAUGUAUACUAAAGCCAGCGAAAUUUAUAGCUUUUCCUUGAUUCUUUGGGAAAUCAUUAAUAAUAAUACUCCGUUCAACGACAUGUCUUCUGAUGUAAUAAAAAGCAAGGUUCUCGGAGGAGAACAUCCGCAACCCGAGAGAACCAAUGGCACACCCGUAGAUUAUCAGGAAAUAAUGGAAAAAGGUUGGGAUAUUAACCCAAAUAACCGUCCAACCGCUCAACAAAUGCUUGAUUUAUUGAGUGAGUGUGAAUCAAAAGAAUGGCUUGGUCAUAGGGUACCUAGAAUUGGAGAUGUUGACAAAUCACAGCCCGAUUUUCAAACAUCAACUUUUUCACCAAUGAACUCAAAAUUACUUGAUUUCCCAAUUUCAAGAUUAACAGAUUUAUCGUCAACAAUAGACACUUGUAAAGCGGUAUUAGAUUUGUUUGAAGAUGCAAAAAAUAAUAGAAAUCUUUUUGAUAGAAGCGUGGAUAUUAUUAAGGUUGGGAAGAUCAUGCUUGAUGAAAUCAAGGAAACUAUCGGUCAAUCAACUAACCUUUAUUGGAAGGAUUACAUCGAAGAAUCUUCGGCUUUUCAGAAGUAUACUAAUUAUUUAUUGAAUAUUGUGGAUGCUAAGGCCUUUAUAGAAUUUAAUGACGCUGAGGUUCAACAAGAAGUAUCAAGGUUAAAUGAUGAAUUAGACAACAAAACAAAAAAAUUACUUAAAUUGGUUCAACAAUGGAAAGUCGAACUUAGUAGAAGCAGAGUGACUAAAAGAAAAUUUAAAGCGGCCGUUAAAAUGUUGAUAUUAUAUAAAUCAAUUUCGCCAUCAUCUAAGAUGGACUGUGAAAUUCCAUCAUAUUUUGUCGAUACAGAGAACUCAUCGGUUGUUCCUGGAAGUGAUAAUAUUAAAAAAGGACUUUACAUGUACAGUGCAUCAAUAGCCGAAAAACUAGUUGGAAAAUUUGAAAAAAAUGAUCCAAAACUUCUUGAGUUACGAGAAGAAAUUGAUUAUCUGAAAAGGCUCAGUGAAUGUGAACAUAUACUCAAAGUUCAUGGACUCGUUCAUCGUAACCCUAAUUGGAGCGUUAUUAUGAAAUGGGGUGAACAUAAACUACAUCCUUAUCUUGAGAUGAAUCCGAAUUUGGAAUGGACAAAGAAAUUAUCGAUCGCACGCGGAAUUGCCGACGCGUUGAAUUUCAUUCACACAAAAGAAAUAUUACAUUAUGAUAUUACAAGUGAUAAUAUUUACUUGGAUUUUUUUUUACAACCUAAACUUUGUGGUUUUCGUAUCGCAAAAGAUUCGUCAAUCAUAAUGAAAACGACCAAUGAUAAUACGAAUCCAAGAUGGACUUCUCCUGAGAAAUUUCGGGAUGAAGAAUACACUAAACCUAGCGAAAUAUAUAGCUUUUCCUUAAUUCUCUGGGAAAUCAUUAAUCACAAAUUACCAUUCCAUAACGUUGAUCAUAAAGAUAUUAAAACCAAGGUUCUCAAUGGAGAACAUCCACAACCUGAAACAACUAAUAACGUACCAGUCGAAUAUCAAGAAAUAAUGAAGAAAGGAUGGGAUUUAAAUCCAAGAAGUCGACCGACCAUUCAAGAAGUAUUUGAAGUAUUGAAUAAAUUGGAUUCAGGAUUACAUAGAAAUAAAAUCGGAGAUUAUAACGACAACAUUCUUUCGCCAAAUGCUGCAUUUAAAGAUGAUGCUUCAUUUGAAGAUAGUGCUUCCUCGAUUCAUUCAGAUUAUUCAAGUAUAAAUUAUAAUACCGUCGAUUUAAAUGUUACAACACAUGUUGCGAAAAAAUCUAAAGCUUUAGACAAGUUUAAUCCAUUCCGCAAACAUUUAGAUAUUGAAGAAGCGAUUAAAUUACAUAAUAAAAGGCAAUAUAAGAAAGCAUGGAAAUUAUUUAAAACAAUUGAAAGAAAAACUGGAACACCUGAAGCAAAAUUUUGUGUAGGAUAUUAUUACCUCAAGGGUCAUCAUGAGGGCCGUGGUGGCAUACCAGAUCCAGAUUCAAGUUUAAAAUAUUUAUAUCAGGCAGCGAAAAAGGGUCAACGUAACGCUCAAUAUUGGUACGCUGAAGUAAUUUUAAAUUCAAAUUAUAAACUAAAAGCCAAAAAAGAUGACAGAGACCAUCAACUUGCGAUCCAAUUUUUAGAGGAGGCUGCAAACCAAGGUUGUAUUUCUGCUAUGAGAGAUUUGGGAGAAAUUAGGAAGAAAGGAAAGUACGGUAGCCCACUAGAUAAGAAUGGUGGAAGGGAUUUUAUUAAUAAAGCUCAUACCAUGAGCUUACUUUGUUACAUAGACGGUCUGAGUUAG